CCCAGCGUCCCCUCUAUCCCCAGUGUCCCCACCAUCCCCUCUAUCCCUGUCCCCCCUCUCUCCCCAUUGUCCCCCUGUCCCCCAUUGCCCUCCAGUCCUGCCAUUGUUCCCCUGUACCCUCAGUGCCCCCCAUUGUCUCCCUGUCUCCCAAUUGUCCCCCAGUGUCCCCCACCAUCCCUGUGUCCCCUCUGUCCCCAGUGUCCUCACCAUCCCUGUGUCCCUCUGUCCCCAGUGUCCUCACCAUCCCUGUGUCCCCUCUGUCCCCAGUGUCCUCACCAUCCCUGUGUCCCUGUGUCCCCUCUGUCCCCAGUGUCCUCACCAUCCCUGUGUCCCUGGGUCCCCUCUGUCCCCAGUGUCCUCACCAUCCCUGUGUCCCUGGGUCCCCUCCCAGUGCCCCCUGUGUCCCUCUGUCCCCACCAUCCCGCAGUGCCCCCUCUACCUGCAGUGUCCCCUCUAUCCCCACCAUCUCAGUGUCCCCUCUGCCCACUGUGUCCCCACCAUCUCCUCUACCCCCGUCCCCCCAUUGUCCCCCCGUCCCCGUCGCCGCCAUGCCGGACGCGGUGCACCACAUCCACCUGCGCACCUUCAGCCGCUCGCUGCUGCGGGCGCUGGACGGGCAGCGCGCCCGCGGCCGCUUCUGCGACGUGACGGUGCGCGCCCGCGGCGCCUCGCUGCGCGCCCACCGCUGCGUGCUGGCCGCCGGCAGCCCCUUCUUCCACGACAAGCUCAGCCUGGGCCACUCGGCCAUCGAGGUGCCGCCCGUGGUGCCCGCGGCCGCCGUGCGCCAGCUGGUGGAGUUCCUGUACAGCGGCAGCCUGGCGGUGCCGCGCUCCGAGGCGCUGCCGCUGCUGACGGCCGCCGCCGUGCUGCGCAUCGAGGCCGUCAUCGGAGAGUGCGCCCGGAUCCUGGCGCAGGCGCGGCCCCUGGCGCCCGCGCUGAGCGCCGAGAUGGGCGCGGGGAUGGGCACGGAGGUGGGCGCGGAGAUGGGCACGGAGGUGGGCGCGGAGAUGGGCGCUGAGAUGGGCGCUGAGAUGGGCGCUGAGAUGGGCGCUGAGAUGGGCACUGAACUGACCGCAGAACUGACCGCGGAGAUGGGCACGGAGAUGGGCACGGAACUGACCGCUGAGGUGGGCAUGAAGGUGGGCACGGAGAUGGGCACACCAGUGGCCAGAGAACUGACCACGGAGAUGGGCACGCCGCUGACUAAGGAACUGACCGCUGAGAUGGCUACGGAGAUGGGCACUGAGGUGGCCACGCUGCUGACACCGGCACUGACCGCUGAGAUGGGCACGGAGAUGGGCACACCACUGUCCACACCGCUGGCAAUGCCGCUGACCAAGGGACUGACCGCUGAGAUGGGCACAGAGAUGGGCACUGAGAUGGGCACACCACUUACCGGAGAACUGACCACUGAGAUGGCCAGGGAGAUGGCCACACCACUGUCCACACCGCUGGCUGCUGAGGUGGCCACGGAGAUUGGCACGGAGAUGGCCACACCACUGACCACAGAACUGACCUGUGAGAUGGCCACAGAGAUGGCCAAACCACUGACCAGACAGCUGACCACUGAGAUGGGCACGGAGAUGAUCACACCACUGUCCACAGAACUGUCCACAGAACUCACCACAAAGCUGGCCACACCGCUGACCAGAGAACUGACCACAGAGCUGACCAGGCCGCUGUCCACACCGUUGUCCACACCACUGACCCCAUCCCUGACCACAGAACUGUCCACACCACUGACCAGAGAACUGUCCACACCACUGACCAGAGAACUGUCCGCACCACUGACCAGAGAACUGUCCACACCGCUAUCCACACCGCUGUCCACACCACUGCCCACGCAGAUGCCCAGAGGGCUGCCCACGGCGCUGCCCAGCAGCGGGCACAGCCGCAAGCAGCGCCAGCCGCUGCGCCUGCCGCCCGUCCCGCUCAAGGAGGAGCGCCCGGAGGAGGAUGAGGAUGGCGAGGAGGAGGAUGAGGAGGCGGCGGGGGAUGAAGGCGCCCCCCGGGCCCCGCUCUCCCUGCCCCGUUUCGGUGCCGCCAUCGCCGCCCCCGAGGCGCCGUGGGUGGGGCCCGGCGGGGGCGGGGCCGGGGCGCCGCCGUGGUGGGCGGGGCCGGGGGUGGGCGGGGCUCUCAGGGCCCCCCCGGUGCCCCCCGGAGCCCCCCGGGGCCGGGCCCAGCCCCCGCCCCCGUACCUGUGCGGGCACUGCCAGAAGAGCUUCAGCUCCCGCAAGAACUACAGCAAGCACCUGUUCAUCCACUCAGGUGAGAAGCCCCACCAGUGCUCGGUGUGCUGGCGCUCCUUCUCGCUCCGCGAUUACCUGCUGAAGCACAUGGUGACGCACACGGGCGUGCGCGCCUUCCAGUGCUCCGUGUGCUGCAAGCGCUUCACGCAGAAGAGCUCGCUCAACGUGCACAUGCGCACGCACCGCCCCGAGCGCCGCCCCGAGCGCCGCCUCGCCCGCCGCGGCUGCGCGCCACGGGCCGCCAUCAGCAGGCACGUGGGACAGCACGGCACGGCGAUGGGGACCGUGAUGGGGACAGCGAUGGGACUGCCAACAGGGACAGCGACGGGGACACCGAUGGGACUGCCAACGGGGACAGCGACGGGGACAGCAAUGGGGACGGCGAUGGGACUGCCACCAGGGACAGCGAUGGGGACAGCGAUGGGACUGCCAACAGGGACAGCGAUGGGGACACCGAUGGGACUGCCAACGGGGACAGCGACGGGGACAGCAAUGGGGACAGCAACGGGGACAGCGAUGGGGACGGCGAUGGGACUGCCAACAGGGACAGCAACGGGGACAGCGACGGGGACAGCGAUGGGGACGGCGAUGGGACUGCCACCAGGGACAGCGAUGGGGACAGCGAUGGGACUGCCAACAGGGACAGCGAUGGGGACACCGAUGGGACUGCCGACGGGGACAGCGACGGGGACAGCAAUGGGGACAGCAACGGGGACAGCGAUGGGGACGGCGAUGGGACUGCCACCAGGGACGGCGAUGGGACUGCCACCAGGGACAGCGAUGGGGACAGCGAUGGGACUGCCAACAGGGACGGUCAUCACCAGGGCUGCCACCGGGGCCACCACUGCCACCAGGGCCACCGCUUAG